AUUUCCCAUUCCAAUUCCAUUUGCAUUUCUUAAAAACCGCCAAUCAUUCAUUCAUUGCCUCCUUUUCCCAGUACUCCCCACUUCUUCAUUUCUUCUUGUUGUGGAGCUCAAAACCAAACCCACACCACCCCCCACAUAGCUAGCUUCACUCACAAUCCACACCUAAUAUUAGUGUCCUCAUGACUCCCUCACCUUCAAGAUCUGGGAUUUCUUAGAUCUCAGUUACUGUGAGAAAAGAAACAAACCCCAAAACCCGAAAAACAUGGGAAGCAAAUGGAGGAAAGCCAAGCUUGCUCUUGGCUUGAACACAUGUCUUUAUGUUCCUCAAACUGCAGAGGAGUCAUCAUCACCUUCCCCAAACCGCGUUGUUGCUUCUAGACACUCCGACGCCGUUUCUUCCUCCUCUCUGCUUUCUCCGACGGGUGUUGUCUCCGAACGGCGACCCACCACGCCGACACCGUCCUCUUCGGGGCUCAAAACUGGAACCAAGUCCUCAAAGAGAACUUGCGCAAUAUGUUUAACUACCAUGAAACCUGGACACGGGCAUGCCAUUUUUACUGCAGAGUGCUCACACUCUUUUCAUUUCCACUGCAUUACUUCUAAUGUAAAACAUGGGAACCAAAUUUGCCCAGUUUGCAGGGCAAAGUGGAAAGAAGUUCCCUUUCAGAACCCUGCUUCUGAUCUUUCACGGGGUAUUCCAAGAAUUAACCCUGUGAAUUGGCCCCAAGAUGAUGCAUGGAUGACUGUUCUACGCCAAAUUCCUCCACCACGAGUUGACGUGAGCCGGCCUAUUACAUCACUCUUUCACACUCCUGAAUCAGCUAUUUUUGACGAUGAUGAAAGCUUAGAUAACCACCCUGACAUUUCUAUGAAUAAGGCAUCUGUUGAAGAUCAGACUUCUAACAACAAUUGUAUUGGAAUCAUAGAGGUCAAAACAUAUCCCGAAGUUCCAGCUGUUAAAAGAUCAAGCUCUCAUGAUAACUUCAGUGUUUUGAUUCAUCUCAAGGCUCCUCUUACAAGUGCAAGACAGAAUGGCAGUAGAAUCCCAGUAUCUCAAAAUUCUCGGGCUUCAGUAGACCUUGUUACAAUCCUUGAUGUUAGUGGCAGCAUGGCAGGUACAAAGCUGGCUUUACUAAAGCGAGCCAUGGGGUUUGUGGUGCAGAACCUUGGUCCCUCCGAUCGGCUUUCUGUUAUUGCCUUCUCCUCUACUGCCCGUCGGCUCUUUCCCCUUCGUCGCAUGACUGACACUGGACGCCGGCAAGCAUUGCAGGCUGUAAACUCUCUUGUGUCAAAUGGUGGGACAAACAUUGCUGAGGCUCUUAGGAAAGGUACCAAGGUUUUAGUAGACCGCAAUUCGAAGAAUGCUGUUUGCAGUAUCAUACUAUUAUCUGAUGGGCAGGAUACAUAUACUGUUUCUAGUCCCGGUGGGAUUCAUCCCCGUACAGAUUACCAAUCACUUCUCCCAAUCUCUAUCCGUCGCAAUAAUGCAGCAGGCUUGCAUAUUCCAGUUCACACAUUUGGAUUUGGUGCAGACCAUGAUGCUGCUUUGAUGCAUUCAAUCUCUGAGGUUUCUGGGGGGACAUUUUCUUUCAUAGAAGCUGAAAACGUGAUUCAGGAUGCAUUUGCACAGUGCAUUGGGGGUCUUCUGAGUGUAGUGGUGCAAGAGCUGAAUGUCACAAUCGAGUGUGUUCACCAAAGUUUGCAAUUGGGUUCAAUAAAAGCUGGGAGUUAUAAAACCAGCAUGAUGACUGAUGCAAGAAUGGGAUCUAUUGAUGUUGGAGACCUAUAUGCUGAAGAAGAGAGGGAUUUUUUGGUGACAAUGAAUAUUCCAGUUGAUGAGUCCAGUAAUGUGAUGUCACUAGUAAAGGUUAGAUGUCUUUACAGAGACCCCAUUACGAAAGAAAUGGUCAAUUUGAAUGAAGCCGGUGAAGUCACAAUCAAAAGGCCCGAAGUAGUUGGCCAACUACUAGUGUCGAUGGAAGUAGACAGGCAACGCAACAGGCUUCAUGCAGCUGAAACAAUGGCCGAGGCCAGAGUAGCAGCUGAGGAUGGUGACUUGGCUGGUGCAGUUUCUCUCCUGGAGAGCUGUCGUCGGGUAUUGUCUGAAACUCCUUCUGCACAAGCAGGUGACCGCUUGUGUGUUGCACUUUCAGCCGAGUUAAAGGAGAUGCAAGAAAGAAUGGGAAACCGUCGUGCAUAUGAAGAAACAGGGAGGGCUUACGUUUUAUCAGGAUUAAGUUCACACUCAUGGCAGAGGGCAACUGCUCGAGGUGAUUCCACUGAUAGCACAAGCCUUUUGCAAUCGUACCAAACCCCAUCAAUGGUAGACAUGGUGACCCGGUCGCAAACUAUACUACUAGGGAAUCCAUCACCUCGACGAACCCUCAGCAGUGUUAAGUCAUUUCCGGCCAAAGCACGGCCACAUUAACCAACAGUGAUGGAACUGCUACACACUCCACGCAUAUCCUUUAUUAAUGGACCUUUUCUAUUUCUUCAAUUUUUCUUCCUGUGGUUUGGAUUAACUGGGAAACAAAGGAGUUUUGGGUAUUUUAACUGGGUGGUAUAUUUCUUUGUUUGUCACGUAUAUGAAUAAGAAUUGGCGAAAGGUGAGUAAACGGGCUCUUCAGAACAACUGUGAAAAGGAAAAUGGCGUGCGGGGUUAGGAUCUGUAAGUUUGAUUUUGGGUGAUGAACAUGUGGAGGGUUUUCCUUUUUCUCUUCCUGGUUUAUUUGCUACUGUAUCGGAGAAUAGAAAGGGAUAGCCUUGUAAUUGUGGGAAUACAUAUGGAGUGAAUUCUUCACUUCAAUAUAUGAAAUGGUAUUAUUACUCCUGAUUCUGAUUAUUU